AUAAGUAUUUACCAUCGUGUCGUUAUAGGAAAAUUAAAAAUUGUGUCAUCUCGGGCAAAGAUAAAUGUUAAAAAGAAAAACCCAAGUGAAGCAUAAGUAUUUCAUAAACAAGACGCUGCUUGUCUGCAGAUUGCAUCGUUUAUCCAAUGUCUGGAGAUUGGGCAUAUAAACAUACACAUAUAUAUUAGUGCGCAGGUAUAUAAAGAAAACAUUGAGAAAAAAAUAACAGCCGAAAUAAUAGUUUCAAAUAUUGGAAAAACAAUUGAAUACAAUCCAAUUUGAAGUGUUUAAAGCAAGCAAUGUAGUCGGAUUACGAUUAUGUAUGAUUGUAAUUGACUAAGAAAAUAAUCGAAAGUUACAUCAAAUCGUUCAAGAAAAAAAUUACCAAAGUUGCAUAUAAUCAAAAAUGGCAUUUGCCAAUGAUGGUAACAAUUAUAUCCAAUCAGAGAAAUUGAAUACACGGAAAUAUAUUGUGCAGUUAAAUCAGUGAAAAACUGAAUUUGCUACAAAAACGGAAAACACCCUCUCGCCAUGUCGGUAACAUCUUCGAUAGAAAAGCCAACAACUACUACAGUUCAACAACAACAACAACAUCACCAGCAACAGCACCAACAACAGGAGAACACAACCAUUGCAAUUGUAGCUGGCCAACAGAAACGAAAGUCCCUGAAUUCCAAGCGUUCUUAUUCUUUAUCAUCAAGUGCAUCGAGUUCUGCUUCCUUCGGGGCGAUAAGGUCCGCGACAUCGCCAUUAGUCACCGAGAAAGAGAAAAAUUCGGGUAAAUUUUAUCAUGGGCAGCAAGCCUUUUUGUCAUUCUUCUCGUAUUCAUACUCCACCGAUACCAUAGCAGGUGUACAUCAGCGGCAGUCUUACGCAUUGGUCCAGAAACCACCAUCGUUGCGUUACCAGGGUAAGCCCCAGCAUCAUCAUCAUCAGCUAUUGGCCAACUUCUCGCCAACGAUGACCACCUCGGAGCCCUCAUCCCCAUUGGCCGUCGAUGGAUCCGGAUCUGGUAUCCACAGCCCAUCGGAGGUAGCCAACACCCAUUGUUGCACUAAUGUCAAGGCCAGUAUUGCUCCGUUGGCCACACAAAAAAUGCACCGAACAAUACCAUCUGAUAAAAUUAACCUACGCCUCAUUCUUGUUAGUGGUAAAACAAAAGAAUUUAUUUUUAGCCCGUCAGAUUCCGCAGGUGAUAUUGCACAAACAGUAUUUGAUAAUUGGCCAGAAGAUUGGACCCACGAAACUGUAUCGAAAGCUGAAAUCUUGCGCUUAAUUUACCAAGGUCGUUUUCUUCACUGCAAUGUAACUUUAGGCGCGUUGGGACUUCCAUUAGGCAAAACGACUGUUAUGCAUUUAGUGCCACGUGAUAACUUGCCAGAGCCCAAUUCACAAGAUCAAAGACAAAAUAGUAAAGGUGGUUCUGGACGAUGCUGUUCCACAAAUUGCUCUAUUUUGUAACUAAAUUAUUAUAAAAUAGUAUAAUAUUUAAACUAAUUUGCAUUAAACAAAAAUAAAUAAAAACAAA